ACUAUUCACAAGACUGAUUCUCUCCCAGCUGACACGAGGAGUAUUUAAAAUUUCGCACAGAAUUUUUUGUAAAGCCGGGACCAUGAUGAUCCCAAGCGUCAUCGCGCCUCCCGCCUUCUAUCCUGGUUUGUACCGGCCUGCGGCGGCUCUACCGCUCCACCAGACCCUGCCGUCGGCCUUCCCGACCCAUUCCAGCUUCCUAGUGGAGGAUCUGCUGCGGAUAAGCCGCCCCGCCGCCUUUAUAAACCGGACUGUCCCGUCAGCGAGCACCUCCAUGCCAACAGCCACCACCACCCUGUCCCCCAGCGGCGCGCCCGAGCGCACAGCAGUGACUGCAGGGACGCGCGAAUCGUGCUCACCGAAAACAUCCGUGCCAAGCAGCAAGGACCCAAGUUUUCUCAAAUUUGGAGUGAACGCCAUCCUCGCACCCUCACCAAAGACUGCGUGCUCACCCCCUUCAGUCCACAGCCUGAACACCAAGACCUUCCCCGUUCCCUGCUUUGACGCAACGUUUCACCCAAUAUUCAGGGCGCCUUAUUUACCAGCAUCUUCAUCCGUUGUUCCCAUCCCCGGGACUUUUUCGUGGCCCCUGGCAGCCAGAGGAAAACCCCGGAGAGGGAUGCUGAGGAGAGCAGUGUUUUCCGACGUACAGCGCAAAGCCUUGGAGAAAAUGUUCCAGAAACAGAAAUACAUCAGCAAGCCCGACAGGAAGAAACUGGCAUCUAAACUGGGCCUAAAAGACUCGCAGGUAAAAAUCUGGUUUCAGAACCGGCGGAUGAAAUGGAGGAACUCCAAGGAACGAGAGCUGCUGUCAUCCGGUGGAUGCCGCGAGCAGACGCUGCCCACCAAAGCCAACCCGCACCCGGACCUCAGCGACGUGGGCAAGAAGUCCUCCGCGGAGGAUGAAGAGGAAGAGGAGGAGGAAAAAGAUUUUGGAACAGAGAGAAUGAGGGCGGCAGGGUCCACGAUCUCCUCUCCUUCUCUCUCCAGUAAGCACUCGGACUUCUCAGAGUCAGAUGAAGAAGAGAUAACAGUAUCUUAAUUUAUUUUCAAAAGCGAAUAGAGAUAUAACCCGUGAUCCGUUUUUAUGAGACUGUGACCAGAAUAGUAAGAAGCUGCCGCUGUUCAAACAAGUUUCACCCAAGUUUGCGGCUUGAUCGGAGCAUGCGCACUGGACAGGAUCUGCUACUGAGACACAGUUUGCUGUUUUGCACAGCUUUGUUUAAUUGUACAGUAUUUUGUACAAAUUUGUAUGGAAAUUUUAUGCCAAGAAUAUUGCGUUACUUUACAUUGACACUGAAUAGAGUUGUUUAUUUAAAAAAAAAAAGUAGCUAUUUUAAUUUAUAUGAAUUUCUUUAAUAACUAUGUUGUAUU